GUGGACCCGGGCUAAGGAAAUCUCCGGGUGGGGGAGGGGGUUUGGAGAGUUGGGGUAUCUUUGGAGACCAGGGGUCAUGAGACUCGGGUCUAGCCUCGGCCGCACUGCUUCUUGGCUUGUCUCUUGCCCCCUCGGCCCCUUUCCAUGUGAGGGACCAAACGGGUGUGAGGUUAGAUUUCCUGACAGUGCAGAGGGUUCGUGCACGUGCUUUAGAAAAUGCCGGGCUUAGAGGAUGCCCGGAGGAAUCCCGGAUGCCUGACUGUCUCAUUUGUUGAAUGUCUGAUAAGUUCUUGAGCAAAUGACAGGCUCAUCGAUAAAACGGAUAUGAUAAUGUAUCCACUUCAGAGUUUUGGCGAGUUUUCAUUGAGCUCACAUGGAUACAGUGCCCUGUUCAGUGCCUUGCACGCAGCUAACGUUCAUCAGACUAGCGGUUGUGGGGAGCUGUUGUGGCAGCUGAAAUGGCACGUGCACCUUCUUCAGAAUCCUCAGAGGCAAAGUUUGGAAGAAGUGGGGGAGGAGCUGGUAUAAAUCGGUGGCUCCUUACCCAGCCUUUUUACUCUUCUGGACACACUCCUAAGAGGAUAAGACCAAGAAGCCUGCUCUGGGAGAGCUGGAGUGAGGCACCCCAAGGUGUGCCAGUAAUACUAGGCUGUGGAGAAAAGUUCUGGUCCCUGGCUGCAGCCAGCUCUUAAGCAGUGGACUGGUAAGAAGAGUUUAGAGCCCUACACCUGUGGGUGAUUUCUGCCCCACACCUUUGUAGUUGCCACAUCCUGAGCAACUUGUUUCUGAGUCUCUGUUCUCUUAUAUAAAACAGGAAAAAUAUAGUCCUCAAAAGGUCGGUUUGAAGAUUUAAAGAGAUCUUACAUGCAUACCACAUGUACAGCGCCUGGCCCAGAGCAACGGUAUGAAGGAGUGGGCACUCACAAGCACCCCAGUAGGGAUAAAACACUUGAGGAGUUUUCUGGCUAUUAAUAAGUGCUCCUGAGGCUUAUUCCUGUAAGUGCCACGUGCAUUUACUUAGUGACUUUGGAAAGUAGUCAUUGGGGGCCAGACAUCUCAGCUGAGCUGACAGUGCAAUAAAAUUAAAUUCACAGUCAUAGGGAACCUAUUUUGGUGCCCUAGAGAGUAGCCUGAGCCAGAAAGGAUGUCUAGAACCCACAGAGAGACCCCUUCAGCAACCACAACCCUCCUUGGGAGGCAGCCUGGGCCCCUGGGAGCCAAGGCGGAUAGAUAGCCUUCACCAGUGGGCGGCAUAGAAGUGCUGAUCCCUUGGCCUUUUGCUGCUCCCAUAAAUGGUCAAAGGAGCAGGAUGUUCUUUAGUCUGCUGGAAUCAGGAGUUGCUGUGUAGGCUCUAGGCCUGGGAAGAUGGGUUCUUGGGGAUAUGAUGGACUGAGAGGAGUCAGGAAUAUGGAAUGGUGAGCAGUAUUUGUGCUCUGAUGUAGUUUCUGGGCGUCAGUGGAAACACCUCUGAGAAAGAUGUACGUCUUUUCACGUUUCUGAGUUCAGGGAGGACAAGUAGGGUGAUCCUGUCAGUAAAGGAAAGAUUUAGGGAAAACCAGCAUUUUAUUGAGCACCUUGUCAGGUUCUUUGUAUCCUGAUUUUUAGUGUAGCCGUGUCUUGUUUAACGCUCACCAUCCCUGGGAGAUGGCGUUGGGAGCUAACAGCACCAACCCAGUGCCAAGGGCUUGACUAGGGUGUAUCAUUUGAUCCUCGCAGUCAUUACAUGAAGUUUGCAUCAUCCCCACACAUGCAGAAGGGAGGCUCAGAGAAGUCAUCUGUCCAAGAUCACACUGCUUUUAAAAGCCGAGCUAAACUCAUGUCUGAUUAAAAAUCCCAAGACCUUUCUUGAUAAGCCUCUGAGUUCAUGGCUCACUGGAGAAAGGACUUUUCUUUUUUAAUGUAGUGCAUUCUUUUUUUGGUAUAUCACUUGGUUUCUACCAGAGAAUCAGGGACAUGAGUAACUGUUCUUGAUGGAAGAGGCCAUGGGGUGAAUUGUUUCCCUGGAAGGCAGGACAAUUGAAAGCUGUUUGCAGGACAAGGCUGACCCUUGAAUAUCUGUGAAGAAAUGGCUAUUUUGCACGGGGGCUUUUUGCUGGCCCAGCAGCUGUUCCGUCCCAAAGCACUGGCAGAAUUGACAAAGUCUGACUGGGAGCAUGUCGGGCGGCCCAUUGUGGAGGCCUUGAGGGAGAUCUCCGCCACAGCGUGCUCCCAGCCCCUGGCCUGGAGGAGGAAAGCUCUGGUUAUCAUCUGGGCCAAGGUUCUUCAGCCCUUCCCCGUCACCCCUUCUGACACUGAAACUCGGUGGCAGGAAGAUGUGUUCUUCUCGGUAGGCAACAUGAUCCCUACCAUUAAUCACACGGUCCUCUUUGAGCUGCUCAAGUCCCUGGAAGAUUCCGGACUCUUUAUCCAGCUCCUGAUGGCCCUCCCCACCACCAUCUGCCGUGCAGAACUGGAGCACUUUUUGGAGCACAUGGCUGUUGACACUUCUUCAAAGGAUGUGGCCUUCUUCCUUGAUGUCUGGUGGGAAAUGAUGAAGCACAAGGGCGACCAGCAGGACCCCCUGCUCUCCCAGUUCAGGGCAAUGGCCCAUAAGUACUCGUCCUCCUCAGAUGAGUUCUCCCACCCUCCAAAGAGGUUUAAGUCAGAUCCAGAUGUGUGUCCCACCAUGCCCCUGUUGGCCAUGCUGCUCAGCGGGCUGAAGCAAAUUCAAAACAGAAUCCUGUGUCCUGGGAUGAAGUGCUGUGCAUUAGCCAACUUGGCUGACAUGCUGACCGUGUUUGCGCUAAUGGAGGACGACCCUCAGGAAGUGUCUGCGACUGUGUACCUAGACAAACUGGCCACGGUGAUCUCCGUGUGGAAUUCGGACACCCAGAACCCGUAUCACCAACAGGCCCUGGCUGAGAAGGUAAAGGAGGCAGAACGGGACAUCAACCUGAGCUCGCUGGCUAGGCUCCCGAGUGAAACCGUUUUCCUUGGGUUUGAGUUCAUGCGCAGCCUGCUGCGAGAGUGGGGGGAGGAGCUGCAGGCCAUGCUUAGCAGUACCCAGGGGACAAAUUAUGACAGCUACCGACUGUGUGACAGUCUGACUUCCUUCAGCCAGAACUUGAAGGUCUACCUGGAUACCACCAGCUUGUCCAAGGAGGAGAGGCAGGUGGUCUCUGAAGUGGCAGAGUGCGUUGGGGAUUUCCUGAGGAAGACCAACAGGGUACUAAACAAGGGUGUGGAGAAGGACAUCACUGCCUCGAUUGCCAUGGCCAUUAUCGAGCAGAAGAUGGAUCGGCACAUGGAAAUGUGCUACAUUUUUGCUUCUGAGAAGAAGUGGGCCUUCUCGGACGAGUGGCUAGCCUGCCUGGUUAGUAACCAGACCCUCUUCCGGGAGCCAGAUUUGGUGUUAAAGCUACUGGAAACAGUGACAGAAGUCAGCACGACAGACAGAGCCAUCCCCAAAUCUCGGGUCAAACAAGUUAUCAACUUGAUCCUUGAAUGUUAUGCGGACCUGUCCCUGCCAGACAAAAAUAAAGUCCUCUCAGGUGUCCUGGUUUUCUGGGGGCGAAGGGGCCUCUCUGAGAAGUUGUUGGCUUACUUGGAGGGGUUUCAGGAAGACCUCAACACAACUUUUAACCAGCUUGCACAGAGCGCGUCUGAACAGGGCUUAGCUAAAGCUGUAGCAUCUGUGGCCCGCCUGGUGCUACUGCACCCGGAGACCACGGUGAAGAAAAUGUGCGGCAUGGCUGUGGCCAAUCUCGGCACCCACAGGUUCCUGGCUCAGAUUCUCACCGCCUUCCCUGCCCUCAAGUUCACGGAAGAGCAGGGUCCAAAUCCAUCUCCCACUUUUGUGGUGUCAUGCCUCAAAGAAACCGUCUGGACCAAGUUCUCUACACCCAAGGAAGAAAAGCAGUUUUUGGAGCUCCUGCAAUGCCUGAUGAGUCCCGUGAAGCCCCAGGGGAUUCCGGUCGCUGCUCUUCUUGAGCCAGAUGAGGUGCUGAGGGAAUUCGUCCUGCCUUUCUUGAUGCUCGAUGUGGAAGAGGUGGACCUCAGUCUGAAGAUCUUCAUCCAGACUCUGGAAGCAAAUGUCUGCUUCGAGGAGUACUGGCUCCAGACCUGCUCUCCGUUCCCCCUCAUCUUCAGCUUGUGCCAGCUCCUGGACAGCUUCAGCAAGUACUGGCAGCUCCCCAGGGAGAAGCGGUGCCUCUCUCUGGAUGGGAAGGAUCUGGUGAUCCACAUCCUGGAGCUCCUCUGUGAGAUCGUAUCAGCUAAUGCUGACACCUUCUCCCCAGACACCUGGAUCAAAUCCCUGUCCUGGCUUCACCGGAAGUUGGAGCAGCUAGACUGGACUGUGGGCCUGAGACUGAAGAAAUUCUUUGAGGGCCACUUCAAGUGUGAGGUACCAGCCACACUUUUUGAGAUCUGUAAGCUUUCUGAGGAUGAGUGGACCUCCCAGGCCCAUCCUGGGUACGGGCCAGGCACGGGGCUCCUGGCCUGGAUGGAGUGCUGCUGCACCUCCAGAAGCGUCUCUGAGCAGAUGCUCUCCCUCUUGGUGGUGGCUGUGGGCAACCCCGAGGAGGUCAGGUUGUUCAGCAAGGGCUUUCUGAUAGCCCUGGUACAAGUCAUGCCUUGGUGCAGCACGCAGGAGUGGCAGUGCCUCUUCCAGUUGACCAGGAGACUGCUGGAGAAACAGCUCCUGCAUGUCCCUUACAGCUUGGAAUAUAUCCAGUUUGUUCCUCUGCUCAACCUGAAGCCCUUGGCCCAGGAGCUCCAGCUCUCCGUACUCCUCCUGAGAACUUUCCAGUUUCUUUGCAGCCAGAGUUGUCGGAAUUGGCUUCCUAUGGAAGGCUGGAGCCAUGUGGUCAAACUCCUGUGCAGCAGCCUGACCAGCCUCCUGGACUCAGUUAGGUUGAUACAGUCGGUUGGCCCGUGGGCCCAAGGACAAGAACAGGACCUCACCCAAGAAGUCCUGUUUUUUUAUACCCAGGUAUUUUGUCAUUCUCUGCACAUCAUGGCCAUGCUCUGCCAGGAGGUGUGCGAGCCACUGUAUGUUCUAGCCUUGGAAAUCCUCACCUGCUAUGAAACCCUGAGCAAGACCAACCCUUCUGUUAGCGCCUUGCUCCAGAAGGUAAAUGAGCAGCACUUCCUGAAGUCCAUUGCCAAGAACAUUAGCCCCGAGGAGCGGCGCCAAACCCUGCUGCAGAAGAUCAGUAACUUCUGACCUUUGUAGAUCAUUAAAUAGCUGGGCCUCCACUGGGUGGGGUCUCUAGGGGCUAGAGCCGAGAAACACAUUUUUCAAGUAUGUGAAAUUGUACACAAGCUAAGACGUUUAUGGCAAUAGCGGUGUAAAGAAAAUAGUUUCUUAGGUAUUUAUAACAUACAAAUUAUAAUAAAAUUCUCAUUUUGAGUUUCAUCUUGUCUCUCUUGAGUCUUAUCGAUAGUCUAGGCUUAGAUACACUGAAACUGGACUCAGCUGGAGUCUUAAAGAUCAAAUCAAACUGGGAGGAGUAUGUUCAUAACUGGGCUUCUCCACCCUGAAAUCUGGUAAGUUCAAAGGUGAAACCUUUGAACCACCCAAGUGGAAAAAUUAUAAGAUAUGUAUAGUUUUUGGCACUGAAACCCUCUUCAGAAGUCAUUUUGUGGUCUUCUGGAAAGGGUAGCAAUUAGGAAAAGAACUGUUCUGCCACCAGUUGGCCAUGUGAUUUGUGUGCCCGAAAGGCCUGUACCACUGUAAGAGGGGAAAAGGAGAGGGCGGGACCAAGAAAUUUGGUGUUGGGGGUAGGUUAAGGACCUCGGAAGAUGGGUGGCUUCUGAACUGAGGACUUCCGCCGUUAACUCCAGCCAUUGGGGGAUCCAGAGGAGCUGUGCUAAAACUGGGUCUGGGAAGCAAGCAGAGAUGCGUUCAAAGGAUGAGUGUAAUUAUCCCCUGCCCAGGGCAGCUGUCAUGGUUCUGAAGAAUGAGUGGGAGCAGGGGAUGGUGUCUGCAGACCCAUAAAAAUGCAAAUGGAAGGUGUCCGGGGCCUGUUACAGAACUAUGUGGACUGGUUGGUGAGGCGUUUAAUUUGGGAGGCAAGGAAGGAAAAGGAUGUACUCUGGCACUGCCUUCAUAUCCACACCCUCACUUAAAGCGGGGCGUUAUUCACGUGCCCACCCCCACUUACAGUGGGCUGGCUCUGGGGCUUCCAGUGGGGUUUCCACUCUCCCAGUUCCUAACUGGGACGCACCUACGAAGAGAAAAGGGGGCCUGAAGUUAUAUGAGCACUGGGAUUGAACUCUAGGACCCUGCAGUGUGUUGGAACCAUGAAUCACAGAAACGGUGUUAGAGUGAGGUAUGAGGUGGGCCCUCGCGGAGGCUGAAAGCAUUAACACCCUCCUCCCCUGAACCCCACCUUUGCCAGUUACAUGGAUAUGAACACAGACCAGAAGUAACACCACACAGUAGCCAGUCAAGUCAGGUCACGGAUGGGUUUCACAGGAAGUUGGUAUUGAUGUAUUGUGUUUCACAAAUAAGAGUAAGUUGGGAAAUAUUAGUGCAAUUUAAUCACCACAGGGAUGAUUUAUACAAGAUAUACUGACAGUGAACAAAACAACAAUAUUUUGCAUUUUUUAAAUGGCACCCAUUAAAAAUGGAAAUAUUCAAACUUUGAGGCACUGUUAUAUAUUCAGUACUUUAAAAGUUUAUGGACAACAAUGAAUUAAAAGGCACUUU